CAAAUCUGAGUGUUGAUUCCACAGCCUUCCAUCCUCCCUAAUUGAAGCUGCCUCAUUUGCUUGGAACAUCAACUCUCACUUAAAUUCUCCAGACAAUAGAGCAACUUAUUUAAAAAAAAAAAAACAACAACACAUAUGACUGUGUUGCUUAAGCCGUUUAGUCAAAUUGAUUUCUCAUGUUUGCAUUGGGGUCUUUCACUCCAUCUCCUGACAGUCUAUCCCUCUUCCUGAACACUGAGGAGGAGAGUUGAAUGAACCCUCUUUCCUGGACUUAACUGAUCUCCUUGUGCCGAGAAAAAACAAACAAAACCUCAUCGUCACUAAGAACUGACACGUACUGUUCCCUGCAGGAGACACACACAGCAGUAGUUGAGGAUGGCUCUCAACGUCCCGGGUCUGGUGGUGAUGGCCGUGUUCUACGUCGUGAUUUUGGGCACAGGCAUUUGGGCGUCCAUGCGCUCCAAGAAGGUGGAGAAGAAAUCCACAGGAGACGGCAUGGAGCUGACACUUCUGGCUGGACGCAACAUCAACUUGCUUGUUGGAAUUUUCACCCUGACUGCUACAUGGGUGGGAGGAGGUUUCAUUCUGGGCAUCGCUGAGGCAACAUACAACCCAACACUCGGUGCAGUCUGGGCACUCAUGCCUGUGCCGUAUGUGGUGACCUUCUUCUUAGGUGGCUUCUUCUUUGCCAAGCCUAUGAGAGAGAACAAGUACAUGACAAUGAUGGAUCCGUUCCAGAAGAAAUAUGGGAACGUCCUGAGCAGCGCACUGAUCUUUCCCGCGCUGGUGGCCGAUGUGCUGUGGGUGGCACGCACGCUUGUCAGCCUGGCUGGAACCAUGAGAGUCAUCCUGGAGCUGCCUUACGUCUACUCCAUCAUCAUCUCCUCAGUGGUGGCCAUCGUCUACACCCUGCUGGGGGGGCUCUACUCUGUGGCCUACACGGACGUCAUCCAGCUAAUCCUCAUCUUUGUCAGCCUUUGGGUGUGCGUUCCCUUCCUGUUGACCAACCCCCACUCUGUGGACAUUUCGCUCUCGGCGUACAACCAGACCUUCCAGGCCCCCUGGGUGGGCACAGUGGAGCUCAAUGAGGCCGGCAAGUGGUUCGACGACUUCAUGCUGCUGGCUCUGGGCGGCUUGGCCUACCAGGCGUUCUACCAAAGAAUCCUUUCCUCGUCAUCUUACACCCAGGCUCAGAUGACCUGCUUCGCCUCAGCAGCCUUCUGCCUGGUGCUGGGUAUCCCAUCUGUCCUGGUCGGGGCUGUCGCUGCGUCUACAGACUGGAACACCACUGCAUAUGGGUUACCCACCCCGUAUCAGCGUGAGCAGGCAGGAUCCAUUCUCCCCAUUGCUCUGCAGUUCCUCACACCCACCUACGUGUCGGUCAUCGGUAUCGGAGCUGUUGCUGCUGCUGUCAUGUCCUCCAUGGACUCAGCCCUCCUGUCCUCGGCCUCGUUGUUCUCCUCCAACAUCUACAAGAACAUCAUCAGGAAGCAGGCCUCGGACUACGAGAUGCAGUGGGUGAUCCGGAUCUCGGUGGUGGCGGUGGGUCUAGCUGGCACUGGCCUCACGUUCCUGGACAGCAGCGUCCUGGUCUUCUGGCUGGUGGGCGUGGACAUGUCCUACACCAUAAUGUUUCCCCAGCUGGUCUGCGUGCUCUUCUUUAAGGUGUCUAAUGGUUAUGGAGCCUGCGUGGGCUACAUCCUGGGCCUUGUCAUGAGGGUGCUGAGCGGCGAGCCGCUGAUAGGCCUGCCGCCCGCCAUCAGGUUCCCCGGCUGCCGGCUGAACAAGGAGGGGAAGCUAACCCAGUUCUUCCCCUUCCGCACAACCAUCAUGCUCAUGUCGCUGGUGUCCAUCGUGCUCUUUUCAUGGCUGGCGUCCAUAGUUUUCACCAAAAACCUGCUGUCCGACAAGUGGGACGUGUUCGACAUCAAACGCAAGGAGGCACAGACAGCCGGCGCGUCAGAUGGUAAACUUCCAGACACCAACGAGGACGCCGCUGCAGCCAGGACGCUGCUGCGCACCACCAGCUGCUGAAGAGGCCGAGGGAGGCCUGGCCUUUUUUGACUGGGGGGUGGGAUGUCAAAGAGGGGGAACAAUAAAGCCAGAUUCCACUAUGUGCACACUUUCUGAACGUUUAAAUAUCAUACAUUUACGAUGAACAUUUAUGGUCGUACAUCACUGAAGUGGAAGCGCUUCAGUUAUAACCAGAAAGCCGUUUCAAAUAUGUAUUUUGUAAAAAAAAAAAAAAAAAAAACUUUUUUUUGUUUUGUUAAAUGAUAUAAAAUAAAAAGCUCAGCCUUGUGCCUACCAAAGAACAGAGUUGCACAUUUGUCCCCUAAGCUUUUAAAUAGAAAAAGACACUGUGAGGCUAAACUGUCAACUCAGAAUGCCGUUGAAAUGUUGAUUUAUUUAGUAAUUCAGAUCAAAGAGUGAACCUGAAGUUUCUCAGAAAAGCUGAAAAUUACAUCAGACCAAUAAAAACUUAUUUUUAAUCUGGGAUUUUUGGCCCAGUAUCUCUGUGUAAUUUUCAGCAGUGUUUCUUAAAGUUUAGGACACCGCUCGGUUUACCAGUGAGCAGGUCCUGAGAUCCUCUUCAGAAAUGAAAAAUAAAUCAAACUCACUAAUGAAAAUUAUAACGAGACACCUUUUGAUUCUCGUUCAAAGCUGCAGGUAACCCCGCACCUUUUUCUAACACAUGUUUUCCUUCCACUCAAUUUUCCAUGAAUCUGCUUGGAUACAGCACUCCUCAUCAGUGUCUGGCUGUUUUCAGGAUGACGGUCAAGUCAGCCGUCUUCCUUAUAGCUGCAUAGACUAUAACUUAUGAUUUUUGUGUAAAAUAAAUAAAUAAUUGGUCGUAUUUAAUGUUAACUUUUUUCUGAGAAACAAGAUUGGAUUUAAAUAAUCUGGAAGACAACCAUCAAAAUUCACAUAAAUAGGCCCUUGAAAUGUAUCAGGCUAUGUAUUCUGAAUCUAUACAACUUGAGUUUCACUUUCAGUUGAAUUGCUGGGGGAAAAAAAACGUUUCUGUGAUUUUCUAAGUUAUUGAGAUAUAUUUAUAUAUCGUGGCAAUAAUGCAUGAAAAACUCAUUUACAGAAGGGCCAUUUUCUUUCAAGCAGCUGCUAUCCUGACAAUUUAAAUCUCAAAACCGUAUGUGGUUGUUUUUUUCCUGUUUGAUGGUUGGAUUGUAAACACUUUUGAAUACCGCUUGUAUUUUUUUUUUUUUCAUGUAUUCGUCUUCAUAUAAAGACCUGGCAGUUUGUUGUGCGGUGAGAUUGUGGCUUGCUUGUGAAACCCAGAUAUGCGGUGUUCGGUUCGGCUCUGGUGUCGGUCCACUGAGAACUGGCCAUCGCCGGACUUCAUCACAUCGGGUUUUACUCUAAGUCACUUUUCUGGUACCUCGUGGAGUGGUAUCGUUUAUUUUGAGGACUUUUGAACUGGCUGGAGAGGAAAAAUAAGCCCUACAUGUACAUGCUGGACACACAGGAACGCAUCCAUGUUUUUACAACUGAAGUGCUGAUUUUUACCUUUAUUGUACUCUUGUACUGUAUAUUAACACUUUUUACUUUUUAUUAAAGCUUAGUAGAAUGUAUCAUUUAGAAUUUUUUUUUCUAAAUGUAUUAACUUUUAAAGUAUAAAACUGGUCUGUCUUGAGUUUUGCAGAACAAAGUUAAGAAUUUCACCUCCGGGAUGGCUGUAAUAGCAGUGGGUGUGGGUGGCUCUGUCCAUUUCAAGACCACUUAUCACGAAUUAUUCAAAUAUAUUUGUGUAAUAAUAAUCCUGUCACAGAUGCUGUUCAUACGUGCGUUGCUCUCUCUGCUGUAAACCUGUAAAGGCUUGUCAAGGUCCUACUUUGUAAUCCAGUGUAAAUCACAACGGGGCGAUGUUCUGUCAGAAUAAAGGCUGAAGUUAAAUGGU